AUGCCACCAAAGCUACAUCUUAUCCGCCAUGCACAGGGCUAUCAUAACCUUGGGCCUGAGUACUGGAAUCUUCUAGAUCCCAAUCUGACCGAAAAGGGAAAACAACAAUGCCGGGAAUUAAGGCGCAAAAUUUCCUUCAGCUCUUCUGUUGAAUUGGUUGUUUCUUCGCCCAUGAGGCGAGCCAUCCACACAGGACUAGAAGCUCUACGUCCUACCUUUGAGGACAAGCCAUGGAUGAAAAUGGUUGCACUUCCGGAUCUUCAAGAAAUCAGCGACUUCCCAUGCGACAUUGGUACCGAGCGUGCCGAUCUACAGAGAGAGAUGGAGGAAUCAAAUCUUCCAGUGGACCUGAGUCUUGUUGAGCUCAACUGGACAAAAAAGACCGGUCGAUACGAACCAACAAGGGACAAGAUCCGAGGUAGAGCUCGGGAUGUCAGAGCCUGGCUCAAAUCCCGUCCAGAGAAGGAGAUCGCGGUGGUAAGCCACGGAGGAUUUCUACAUUUUCUAACCGAGGAUUGGGAAGAUGCGUGUAAAUACGACGGGACUGGGUGGGCCAAUGCAGAGUGUCGAACUUAUGAGUUUGUCGCAGACAUUGGUGGUCUUAAUGAGAAAUUCGAUGAAGCGCCAAUGCAAGAGACAAGGGAAUCUCGACAGAAGCGGGGUCAGACUACAUUAUCACCGACGAUUAAAGACCAGAUGUUGCUAUCUGGGGAGAUGUUGCAGGGUUGGGCAAACCAGGGCUAUCCGAUCAAAUAA